AUGGAAGAUAAUAAAAAGAAACGCGGUUUAAAUUACACAGCAUCUGAAAAGGAAUUGCUGUUAGAUAUAAUCAAGAGUUAUCAGCAUAUUAUAGAAAAUAAAGAAACAAAUGCGCAAAUGAUAAUUAAAAAGCGCGAAGCUUGGGAUUGUAUUUGUGAGAAAUAUAAUGCUGUUGCUAUGAGUGGCUGUAGGACAGUGACAUGGCAACAACUACGCCACCUCUAUGAAAAUCUCAAACAGAGGUCUAAGAAAAAUAUUGCCAAAGCCAAUCGUCUUCAGUUUUAUGAAAAAACUAGAGAAAUUCAAAAGAAGGCAUCUCUUGACAAGAAAGAAAUUAAUCGCACGGGUGGUGGAACCUACAAAAGCACUCUCACAGAGCAAGACCAACAGAUUUUAGCCAUGGCUGGUUGUCAAAUCAAACCAUUGUCUAACCCAUAUGAUGAUGCUGCAUUUUAUUUUGGUUAGUGUUUACUUCCUUGUAGUAAACUAUUA